AUGCAGCGAACAGGCGCUUUCAAGGCUCGCGGUGCAUUCCACGCCAUAGAGCGACUCAAGCAGGAACCGGGCUGGCUCGAGAACGGCGGACGGGAGAAGGGUGUCGUCGGAUACAGCGCAGGCAACCACGCCCAAGCUCUCGCCCUGGCUGCCGCAGAAAACGGCAUCUCCUCCCACAUUGUCAUGCCAACCACGACCCGCCCCAACAAGAUCGCCGCAACGAAAGGCUACGGCGCCAACGUCGUCGUCUCCGGCCCCGACUUCUCCGGCCGCGAAGCCGUUGCCGCGCAAAUCGUCGCCUCCACCGGCGGCCGCCUCGUCCCGCCUCACGACCACCCGGACGUGAUCCUCGGCCAAGCCACGGCUGGACUCGAAAUGCAGGCUCAAAUCGCCGAGCAGGAGCGGUCCCCCGCCAGGUUCGACGCAAUCAUCGCGCCCUGUAGCGGCGGUGGGUUGUUGUCCGGUACCGCGCUGAGCUGCGAGGGCACUGGGAUCAAGGUCUUUGGCGCCGAGCCCGAGUUCGAGGGCGCCGAUGACGGGCGGAGGGGGUACUACUCCGGCACGAGGAUCACGGAGGUCAAGACGAGAACGGUGGCGGAUGGUUUGGUCGGGACUAUUAGUGCUACGCCGUGGAGUCUGAUCUAUGAAAGGAGGCUAGUGAGCGGCAUGUAUGCCGUGUCUGAGGAGGAGAUCUUGGAGGCCACCAAGCUCAUCCUCGAAAGACUCAAGAUGUGGAUUGAGCCAAGUUCUGCGGUCCCACUGGCGGUUGCGCUGUAUAAUGAGGAUUUCAGGAGCAUGGUCGAGCGAGAGUCUGGCGAGAAAGGUUGGGAUCUGGGGCUUAUCGUUAGUGGAGGGAACAUUGGUGUGGAUGGCUUGGUGAAGCUGUUCUCGGCGUAA